AUGCGUCGUGAACCAUCCCUAACCAAGGAGUCUGAAACCGAGCUCAAGCGGUUGAAAGACCUCGCAAGGCUCUCCCCAAGGCCCCUAGAGAUUCUUGCACUGGCACCUGAGCUCUUCUACAAGACAGACGAAACUGCCGUGCGCUUGAGAUUGAAAGAAACCAGACGUGCGUAUAAGAACAAAUCUUUGCUGGUGCAUCCUGACAGAUGCAGUCAUCCGUUUGCGACGGAGGCUUUCCGUCUCAUCCACCACGCGUACGAGGAGAUUGUCCUCCGGGGAUGGGUGCUCACAAAGCCCGUCGCUGGGACCAGCAGUGGACCCGGAAGCCCCAGGUUUACGUUCCGAAAACCAGCCAAAACCGCAGAAGAGCUCAUGAAAGACAUGGAAGAUUGGAUGCAGAAGAAGCACGAAAGCUACUUUAGAGGCCGGCCCCAUCAGGCGCAACCCACUCCGCCCGGUUCCAGAACGAAGGCGAAACGGCCGACGUACGAGGAUAUGGUGAAUGACGUGAUGGAACAGGUUGACCAAGAUAUGGAGGACGAUGAAGACGACAUUUUCGACCAUGCGGAUGCAGACCUCGUGGCGUGGAUGAGAAAGGUCCAUCGAAGAGCUACCAGGGAUGGCUCAAGAGGGAUAUCCGGCACAUCCACCCCAAAGCUGAACCGCGCAAAUUCAGAACCCACUCCUGGUCUCAAAAGGACCAAUGCACAGCACGCCAGUCACUCGAAACUUGGAAAAGAGGAUGAGUCAGAAGAUGAUGACGAUCUCAGUGAUGAUGAGACGGCAUCCAACGGUUCGGGCAGAAACGGGCCGCCGCAACCUUCUCGCAAGCUCUCCAACCACUCGAUGGACGAGUUCCUAUACGCCAAUUUCUGCGAACCUCACAGCUUCGGCCUCGACGAUACCUUGUCCAACUUAUACCGAGAGAAAGACCCCGACGACCAGCCAAAGCAACAAGACGACCUCGAUGACGAGACUGCGGACGACGAGGGUUCCCCAAAGACGUCAGGCCCUCAGACACCUUCCUCAUCCUCGUCCGCUUCAAGCCAGCCCACCCCCGACGACGAGGAUUUUGUUCCCGAUUGGAUGCGGAAAAUGCACGCCACUGACCGCCAGCGCCGACGCCGCCAGCGGAAGAAGGCUUCGCAUUUGGCAGACGAAUUUUCGCGAAUGAGGACCUCUUCAGGACAUUCACAACCAGGUUCGGAGGAGCGUUUGCCUAUGGCAUGCUAA